AUGUCUGCACGUGUCAAGUCGGUACUGAGUGGAGACACGGUUGUUCUGACGCCGGUGGACGCUGCUCCUACGGAGUCGAACGAGCGUUUGCUUUCGCUGGCAUAUGUGAGCUCGCCGAGACUGAACUCCAACGAGCAGCACGGCUUUGAGUCUCGUGAGGCUCUGCGCACUCUGCUGGUGGGGAAGCCUGUGCAGUUCCGGGUGCUUUACUCGGCCAACAACCGCGAGUACGGCGAUUUGAGGGCCCCUGUGUUUGAUUCGCUUGUGGAGCGGUCUUUGAGCGAUGGCGCUGUCAAAUUGCGUGACGACGCGGCCGUCAAGCCUGGCUACAAGGAGUUGGGCGCCCGUCUGGAGCAGGCCCAGCUGGCGGCCCAGGCGUCCCACAAGGGUGUUUGGGCUCCCGAUACCAAGCAGGUUCGCCAGGUCGGUGAGGUCCCCGAGGACUUGUAUGGCUCUAAGCGCCAGGUCCCUUCGAUUGUUGAGAAGAUCGUCUCGGGAGAUCGCAUUCAUUUGCGUACCUUGAUGGACAAAGAUUUCCAUUACGUUGGUCCGGCCCUGAUUGCUGGCAUUCGUGCGCCGAGGACCGCUUUUAAUGACUCUCCCGGUGAGCCGUUUGGUGACGUCGCCAAGUCCUUCAUGGUCACCCGUAUGCUGCAGCGCUCGGUUCGUGCUGAGUUUGUUGCUCCCUCGCCAGGUAACCCAAACAUUCCUUUGGUGAACUUGAUCUAUCCUGCCGGCGAUAUCGCUGCGUUGUUACUGGAACAGGGUCUUGGAUACGUCGCCGAUAACCAGGCGGCCCUCAUUGGCAGCGAUCGACUGUUGACUCUGCGCAACGCCCAGCGUAAAGCUGAGCAACAGGCCGUCAAUAUUUGGCAACGCAGAACACCAAAGGCUAGCUCAACGAGCUAUGAAGCUACAGUCUUGAGGGUAGUUUCUUCAGACACUUUUGUUGUCAAGGGCGACAAGGGCGAGAAAACCGUUCAGCUUUCUUCAGUUAGAGCUCCCCGUAAGAACGACCCUGCACAAGCACCGUUUGUUAAUGAUGCUCGCGAGUUCGCCCGAAAGCUUCUUAUUGGAAAAGCUGUGACAGUCCACCUGGAUGCCGUUCGCCCUGCAUCUGAACAGUUUGAUGAACGUGAUCUCGUCACCCUGGCCUUGGGAUCUAAAAAUGCUGCCAUCGAGAUUAUCGAGAAUGGAUGGGCCACGGUUGUUCGUCAUCGUCGCGAUGAUAUCGACAAGUCUCCUUUCAUUGAUGAUUUGUUUGCUGCUGAGGCUUCUGCCCAGGAGGCCAAGCGGGGACUGUUUGGUAACAAACCGGCUACUGCUGAACGUUUGGUUGAUGCUAGCGAGACCGUUGUUCGUGCUCGUGGAUACCUUGCCACAUUGGAACGGCGGGGCCGCGUGCCUGCUGUUGUUGAGUACGUUCACUCGGGUGGUCGUCUCAAGCUUGCUGUUCCCUCUGAAAAUUGCACACUCACUGCCGUGCUUGCUGGCGUGAGAGUGCCCAGAACCAAUGAACCAAGUGGUGAAGCCGCUAUGGAGUUCACAAAUCGAUUGUUCAACCAGCGCGACGUCCAAGCUGUGUUUGAAAACGUCGACAAAACCGGGGCUUUUAUCACCAAGAUUUACCUCCCCGGAAAGCAGGUCCCUUUGCAGGUCAUGCUAGCCCAAAAUGGUUUGGCUGAUGUCCAUGAGGGCGCAGCCAAUGCUGCAGGCUUGCGUGACGAGCUAGAUGCUGUCAAGGAAGCUGCUCAAAAGGCCAAGUCGGGCAUGUGGGUGGAUUAUGUGCCCACAGAACCCAUGGCUAACCUCCAAAUCAACAAGGAGUCUACCGAGGAGGUUGCUGAUGACCGUUACGAAGAUGCAUUCUGUGUUGGAGCUACCGCGGGAGCCAUUGUUUACCAGCUGGCGUCUGCCAGAGACUGUUAUGUCAAGCUUAGGGCUGAUAUGGCGACUUUCUACAACACCGCAGCCAACACCGGUGUUAAAUUUGACAAGUCCCCGCGUCGUGGCGAGUAUGUGGUGGCGAAAGUUGGUCAAUCCUACGUUCGUGGCCGCGUGGUUGCCUUUGAACAGGGUCAGUACACUAUUGACCAGCUUGAUCUCGGCAGACAGGUGGUUCUCCCUCAGGCCCAACUGCGCCCGUUGGUGCCGCAGUUCAAUGUCACUGCCAUCCCUGCGCUCUGCGUUGUCAAGCCUCUGGCCUACCUCGCGGUUCCUCCUCGGGACCAUCUUACAGACUACGUCGAGUACUUGAACGAGAAAAUCGUCAACAAGCGAAUUGUGGCCCAUACCACGCCUGCCGGCCUGGUUUUGUUCACCGACGACUCCAAAGCCGCCAGUGACAGCGUCAAUUCGCGACUCAUCGAUAACGGCUACACCUCGGUCGCCAAGUCUGCCCCCAAAGAUGCGACAAGAGCACAUUUGGACGACUUGCAAGCCGCCGCUAUGUCAGACCGUAUCGGCAUGUGGCAGUAUGGCGACCCUCGUGACGACGACCCUCUUUAA